AUGGGUGGACAACUCAUCAGCAACUUCAUGAUGACAGCUGGUAAAGUUAGAGCACAAACACCCAAGACACCUAAAAUGGAAAAGGCAAGAAAGAAGACAGGUAGGGCAGCGUUAAGGAUUAAAUUUGCCAGACGAUCUGAGACAGACUACUUUGCAGCCAAGGGCAAGCUCUCUGAGGGAUUUCUUUUUAGCCAAAAGUUGUUGGAUUUCCGAAUUCCACCCAUUAGGACAGCUAGCUUGCUAUUUCCGAAAAUUAUCUUUUCUUACCUCCCCAUGGCUAGAAAAAAACAAAACAAGUUAUCGAAGAAGCAGAAUAUCAAUUCUGCCCUACCUACCCCAAACAAAGUAGCCAGCAAGCCAGAUCUCGAUAAGGAUGCUCUAUUGAAAGAGGAGUUGGAAGUGUCAUCCAAACAAGCCAAUGAAAUGUUUACUGAAGAGUAUCCAAUUUACCCUGAAAGGGGUACUUUUGAGUAUACCUUUACUCGUGCCGAUCAAAAAUACAAGAUACCCAGCAACAGGCCAGUGAGGAUAUAUUGUGAUGGUGUAUAUGAUUUGUUUCAUUACGGCCAUGCUCGACAGCUAAAGCAGGCCAAGAACCUAUUUAAAAAUGUACAUUUACUUGUGGGAGUAGCAAAUGAUGAAGACACCCAAAGCCUAAAGGGUGUUACAGUAAUGAAUGAGAAGGAGAGGUAUGAAAGUGUCCGUCACUGUGGAUAUGUUGAUGAAGUUAUUGAGGGAUGUCCUUGGGUCAUUACAGACGAUUUUUUGAUUGAAAACCGCAUAGAUUUUGUGGCACACGAUGAUAUUCCCUACAAGUCUGCAACAUCAGAUGAUAUCUACCAAAGUUUGAAGCACAAAAAAAUGUUUAUUCCAACAAUGAGAACGGAUGGAAUCUCCACAACUGGCUUGAUUACGAGGAUCAUAAAAGAUUAUGAAAUAUUCUUACGUAGACAGAUUCUCAAAGGAAUCUCCUGCAAAGAGCUUAACAUUUCAUUCCUGAAGGAGAGUAGAGUGAAGAUAAAAAACAAAAUCAACUCAGAAUUCCAAAAGGUGAAUAACGAUAUUAAGGAGUUGUCUGACAAAGUUAAUACUGAGAUAUUGGGGAUUGCUUCGGAAAUAAAGAUGGCUAUUAAGUAUUGGGAAGAAAAGUCGAAUAUUCGAAGGUGGUAG